AUGAAUGAGGAACCUAGUAAUUUCGAGGCACAGGCCGUAGCGGGUCCUAGUGGAGAGGCACGCAAACGAAAACAAAGCUCUGUUAGUAGUACUACUAGCAGCUCUUCGAGUUCAUCCUCGUCGUCGGAUGACAGACGAAAGAACCGACGACGUAAGUAUAAGAAAAGCAAGCGAGCUAAACGUACAGACCCUCGGAUGGAUAAACUAUUGAAGGAAAUGGGUGAGCUAAGACAAAUUGUUUCUUUGAAUAAUAAUGAUAAAACAUGGCAAGAUAGUGUGUCAAUUUAUCCAGACCAAGAAGAGCUAUGCGAGCAACUCGAUUUUGAGCAUGACCGAGAUGACAAUAGUUUUUCUUUUGAAAUAGAAACUAAAUUAAAGGAACCUUCUGUUCCUAAAACCCCUGACAGUUAUUUAAAAAUGUUGUCGGAUGUCCAAAGAUUUGGUAGCACCUCAUGGUCUGAUGUAAGAUACGCUGAAACACAAAAACUCUAUAAUCAUACUCCAGGUUUCACAGACCUGGAAACAAAUGAUGAAGUUAAAAUGUUUGACAAUUUACGUCAUCUUGCGUAUGCCGAUAAAGCUUAUGCUGCUAUAACAUAUUGCAUACUAAAACAAAAAAUUUCACUACAGGAAGUUAUUCGAAAUCUUAUCUCUUGGGCAAAGAAUACUAAUUCGAUUAAUGUUGAUAAUUUAGGUGACAAGGUGGAUGAAUUAUUUUUAAAAGGAGACUUGUUUAAAAUUUCAUCCGACCUAUUACAAUUAGUAUGUGGCCAUAGGGCUGAAAGUAUUGAGAUGCGUCGUGAAACAAUCACAAGCCAGGUUCGCGACCCUUUAGUAAGAACAUCUCUGAAUAAAAUCCCACCAUCAACGACGCAUUUAUUUGAUUCCGAAGCAUUUUCUUUAGCCAUAGAAAAAUCUGGUGGGGUCCGCAAAGUUUUUUGGCCUCCAAAAAAUAGUGUACCUUCGCAAGCAAGGGUAACCCAAAUGAACCACCGCCCCUCGCGGGGGCAGAAUAUACGAAAAUCUAUAGUUCCAUCGCGUGGAGCUCAAUGUAAUUGCUAUGAACAAAAUAAUCAAACUACUAUGCACUUGCAUGGUUGUAACAAUCCACCCUCGCGGGGUGAAAUAUAUUAUAAUAAUCAGCUUCCUCAAUACCCUAUGAAUGUCAACCAAUACAGAGGGUCAUUUCAAAACAGAGGCUCGCGGCCCGGUCGUGGAAGUAUUAGAGGCCGUGGAAAUUCUCGCGGAAUUACCAGAGGCGGACAUAAUUUCAAUAAAAAACAA